AUGCCUGAACCUGAACGAAGUCACAAGACAACUGAGUUGCCGACAGUCAAUUCUACAGUGGAGAAUGAGGUAAUACUUCAUUUUCUGUAUUUUUUUACUAUUUAGUUCAAAAUUCAAACAUUCAUUUGCCUGGCGAACCGAACCAGAGCCUUUUAACUAUAUGACAGGGGGGCAAAUCCCCCCCCCCACUCAACCAUUUUGCCCUUCCCCAAUCAAAGUCCCUUUUCUCUAAAAUAUAAUCAAAACAUUGAAGAAAAAUGGAAUUUAGAAGGGAGGUUUGACAUUACAGUAACUGAAGUUUGCUUUGUGAAUCUUAUAUCAUGUCUUAUUUUAUCUUGUCUAUUUUCAAAUGCAAACAUGCCUUGUGUUGUAAAUAACUUAGAUUUUAAGAAUUUCCAAGUGAAUAGCAUAUCCUAGAGCCUAUACUGUAAAUUAGAGUUGUUGGAAGGCUAGGCUGAUGGACCUUUCCCCUUAUAACUAAACUUUUGAUCUAGACACAAAAUUUCAUCACAGCUUGAAAGAGCAUCACAAAAUUAGUAAUAUUUAAAAGUUUCGUCGCGAAAUGUUCUAAAAUGCGGAUAAUAUAGCCUUGCGAAAUUUGCCGCUUUUCAGUCAUUUUGUAUUACGCACGGGAAAUUGACAGCCCAAUCGAGUGUUGGGGCAUCAAUUUCCCGUUUGUAAUACAAAAUGACUGAAAAUUGCAAAUUUCGCAGGGCUAUAUUAUCUGCAUUUUACAACAUUUCGCAACGAAACUUCGAAAUAUUACUAAUUUUAUGAUGCUCUUUCAAGCUGUGAUGAAAUUUUUGUCUAGACUUGUCUGGAUCAAAAUUUUAGUUAUAAGGAGAAAGGUCCGUGGUAUUUACAUGAACAUACCAUGCAAGUAGUUAACUGAAGAUUCAUGCAGUCUAUGUACAGUACAAUGGUGUAUCCAAAAAUCUUUUUUCAGAAAACGCACAAAAUCCAUUAAACUGUUAAUUGUCACCAAUAACCAUCAAAACUGAUACAUUUAUUACUAUAUAGUUUCCAACAUCAUGGCAGAAUAUAUUGAAAACAACUGAGACUUCAUACUCUGGGGAUGAAAGUGGAGACAUUUCAGAGAGCAGUGGUGAAGAGACAGAGGAACCCACCAGCAAAUGGAGCUGGUUUUCAUCGCCUGAAGUUCCUGAACCUCAACAAACUCAAGAGACAACUGAGUUGCCAACAGUCAAUCCUACUGAGGAAAAUGAG